AAGCCCCUGGCCGGAGUCACGCAGCAUCGCCAGACUUGCGGCUUGGAUUUUCAGUCUCUCUCUUCGUAGUAGUUUCUGCUCCCGGCCAUGUCGGAAACCGCUCCCGCUGAGACGCCGGCCCCGGCGCCGGUGGAGAAGUCGCCCGCCAAAAAGAAGACCACCAAGAAGGCCGCGGGCGGCGGCGCUGCGAAGCGCAAAGCCACCGGCCCCCCGGUGUCCGAGCUCAUCACCAAGGCCGUCGCCGCGUCCAAGGAGCGCAACGGCCUCUCCCUGGCUGCGCUCAAGAAGGCGCUGGCGGCCGCCGGCUACGACGUGGAAAAGAACAACAGCCGCAUCAAGCUGGGCCUCAAGAGCCUGGUGAGCAAGGGCACCCUGGUGCAGACCAAGGGCACCGGCGCCUCGGGCUCCUUCAAGCUCAACAAGAAGGCGGCCUCCGGCGAGGCCAAGCCCAAGCCCAAGAAGGCGGGCGCGGCCAAGCCCAAGAAGGCGGCCGGGACCACCCCUAAGAAGCCCAAGAAGGCUGCGGGGGCGAAGAAGGCGGUGAAGAAGACGCCCAAGAAAGCCAAGAAGCCUGCAGCCGCUGGUGUCAAAAAGGUGGCCAAGAGCCCCAAGAAAGCCAAGGCGGCUGCAAAGCCCAAGAAAGCGGCCAAGAGCCCCGCUAAGCCCAAGGCGGUGAAGCCGAAAGCAGCCAAACCCAAAGCCGCUAAGCCCAAGGCAGCGAAGCCUAAGGCUGCCAAGGCAAAGAAAGCGGCUCCGAAAAAGAAGUAGGAAGCUGGCCUUCAAAAAGGCAACGAA